AUGUCGAAGCAAGAAAAAUUAAAGUCCAGCGGGAAAUUUCUGGAUUCCCUCUUUGUGAGGCCUAAAAAAGGUAAUAGAUCAAGUGUUGUUAGUAGGCCUACAUCAGAUUCAGAAUAUAAUGACAAUGAAUUACAAGAAGCCAUUUUAAAUACGAUGGAUGAGAAUAAAAUUAAUGAAAAAUUUGAAGAAAUGCUGCAAGAUAUGAAUUUGUCAGAAGAAAGAAAACAACCCUUGAGAGAAAUGGCACUGAUGAAUAAAAGAAAACUUUUAAUUUCUCAUUGGAAAAACUCAGUUCAGCAAGAUAACAAAAGUAAAUUUGAUAAACCAUCCGAUUACAUUGCCUUUCUUUCAACACCCGAAUUGAGUUUAAAUAAACGUUAUUCAUGUGUUGAAUCUCUUCGAAUAGCUCUUACAAAUAAUCCUUUGACUUGGGUUCAAGAGUUUGUAACAGAAGGACUUCAACUAUUAUUAGGAGUUUUAAACGAAUGUUAUUUAAAUGAUCCAAGACAUGAAAAAGUACAAUAUGAGUGCCUUCGAUGCCUACGUGCUAUCAUGAACAAUACAAUAGGAAUAAAAAAAGUUUUCGGGCAAAAAGGAGCCAUGACGGUAUUAGCAAGAUCUCUCGAUAUUACCAAGCCGAAAGUUAUGUUCGAAGUGGUUCAGGUGUUGGCUGCUACCUGUUUUAUACCACCCGUGGGUCACGAUAAAGUAGUAGAAGCCAUCACGAUGUCGGGUGAAAUAAAAGGAAAAGAAAGAUUUCAACCCAUCGUACAGGGAUUGUUGGCAAAAAAUAAUGAAAAUUUACGAGUUGCUUGCCUAACUUUAAUAAAUGCAAUUGUUACCCAAACUGAUGAUUUAGAAUAUAGGUUACAUUUACGAAAUGAGAUUAUGCGUGCCGGUCUUUAUGACGUGUUAGAGGAUUUAGAAAAAGAUGCGCCUGAAGAUCUUAUUGUACAAAUAAAUGUUUUUAACGAGCACAAAGAAACGGAUUUUGCUGAAUGGGUUGAGAAAUUCGAUUCAACAGUUAGGUUAGAAUUUGAUGACGUCAACGAAUGUUUUGAUAUGUUAAAAAAUUUGGUUAUGGAAAGUCCGGCCGAACCUUAUUUUCUUAGCAUACUCCAACAUUUACUAUUCAUAAGGGAUGAUCAUUUAAUUAGGCCUGCUUAUUACAAAUUGAUUGAAGAAUGCGUAUCUCAGAUUGUUUUGCAUAAAGGAGGUUGUGAUCCAGAUUUUAGAGCAAAUAGAAGAUUUCAAAUAGAUGUUGCACCUUUAAUCGAUCAUCUAGUCGAGAAAGAGUCAAAAGCUGAGGAUGAAAAGAAAUUGGCGGAUUUGAAAAAUAAGUUAGAAGAAGCAAUUCUCCAAAGGCAAGAAUCAGAAGCGAGAUAUUUACAGUUGGAAAAAAGAUUGCAAGAAAUAGAACAAGACGGAAGUUCGAUGAAUCUUAGUGAAACUGCUAAAUUAAUUCAAUCAAAAUUACCCCCUGGAAAAAUUGGUGGUCCUCCUCCACCUCCCCCGCCACCAAUGCCGGGAGGAGGGCCUCCCCCUCCUCCGAUGCCAGGGAUUUCAGGCGGACCCCCUCCGCCUCCUAUGCCUGGAGCUGGACCUCCUCCUCCUCCUUUGCCGGGUAUGAUACCACCACCUCCAGGAGGUCUCCUAGGACCUUCACCUAUGAAACCUCCUGACGUUCUUCCUUAUGGUCUCAAACCUAAAAAAAAGUGGGAUACGAUUCGUCCGAUAAAAAGAGCAAAUUGGAAAGCGAUCAUUCCGCAAAAACUUUCAGAGAAAAGUUUUUGGGUAAAAGUCCAAGAAGAAAAAUUAGCAUCUCCGGAUAUUUUAGAAGGUUUAUCCGAAAAAUUUUCAACGAAACCAGUACUUAAAAAAGUGGAGGAUGACACGGAGGGAAUGGGAACGUUGAAAAGGAAAAAUGAAUUGAAAGUUUUAGAUAGUAAAUCGAGUCAUAACAUUUCUAUAUUACUGGGUGGAUCGUUGAAACAUUUAUCGUAUAAAGACGUUAGAAAAUGUAUUUUGCGUUGCGAUGAGACUGCACUAACGGAAAACAUAUUAAAGCAGCUAAUAGAUUAUCUUCCACCUCCUGAUCAACUUGGAAAAUUAAAAGACUUUAUAUCACAAUAUGAUAGUUUAACGGAAGCCGAACAAUUUGCCGUCACUAUUUCAGAUAUAAAAAGGUUACAUCCACGAUUAAAAUCUUUAAGUUUUCGCCAAAGGUUUCCCGAAAUAGUACAAGAAAUAAAACCCGACAUUGUCGCGGGUACUGCAGCUUGCGAAGAAGUCAAAAGAUCAAAUAAAUUCGCUCGAAUAUUAGAAUUAAUACUUUUAUUAGGGAAUUACAUGAAUAGCGGAUCCAGGAACGGACAAGCUUUCGGAUUCGAAAUAAGUUUUCUCCCAAAAUUAACAUCGACGAAAGACGUGGAAAAUAAAACGACUCUCCUUCAUUUUCUCGUUGAAACGAUAGAAAAAAAAUUUCCGGAACUUCUCAAUUUUCACGAACAAUUGGAACACGUCGAUAGAGCUUCGAGGGUAUCCAUGGAUAACAUUCAAAAAACUCUCAGGCAAAUGGAUUCGAGUUUAAAAAAUUUAGAAACGGAUUUGCAAAAUUCAAAAGUUCCACAAUGCGAUGAUGAUUUGUUUUAUACUUCGAUGAGCAGUUUUGCCAAAGAAGCGAGACAACAAUGCGAAAUAUUACAAAACAUGUUUAAAAACAUGGAGUCCCUCUAUUCGGAUUUGGCGGAAUUUUACGCUUUCGAUAAGACAAAAUACACACUGGAAGAAUUUUUCGGAGAUAUUAAAGAAUUCAAAGAUCUUUUUCUACAAGCUCACAAGGACAACGUGAAACAGAGGGAAACGGAAGAGAAAUUAAGGAGAGCAAGAGAAUCGAGAGAAAAACAGGAGCAAGAGAAGCAAGCGAGAGCGGCGAGGAAAAAGGCUCUCAUCGACAUAAACACUCAAACGCAAGAGGGAGUCAUGGAUUCUCUUUUGGAAGCUUUACAAAGCGGAAGCGCAUUUACGAGAGAUCAAAGGAGAGCAAGAGCGAAUCCACGGGUAGCGGGCGCUGAAAGGCGAGCUCAAUUAAACAGGAGCAGAUCUCGGACUGGUUUAGUUGUAAACGCGAUGCUAGCCAGAGAAAUAGCCAAGUGA